AUGUCCACCACCAUGAUGCCCACCACCAUGAUGCCCACCAAACCCUCCUCCACCAUGAUGUCCUCCAUGGUGUCCACCAAACCCACCUCCAUGAUGCCCACCAAACCCAGGUCCACCCAUCCCUCCAUGAUGUCCAUGAUGCCCAUGACCACCACCCAUUCCCAUACCAAGUCCCCCACCACCAUGAUGAUGGUGAUGAUGUCCUCCACCAAACCCUCCAGGACCCGAGUUAAAGCCUCCCAUGCCAGCACCAGGACCGAACUCGUGUCUUCGCGGAGGUGGAUAUCCGCCUCCGCCCAUUCCCAUACCGGGACUCAUAUGAUGACGACGAUUACCGCCGCCGAGGAGGGAGAAGCAAGAGCCCAUGUUGUUUCUUUGGUUGUAACGACAGGGAGUGGUUCAAAAGGUAAAAGGGUUCAAUGA